CAGAGAAGAGUCUCUCCAGAUCAGAACACCAGAUGGACAACGCUAGCCCUUCCGCCCUCCCAGAGUCCCCGUGUCGUACCUCUCCCAGUAGCACCUUACUGUUGGGUCUGAAGAGGUUGUCUGUGCGGCUGGUGGACUGCAGGAAAACAACGGGGCUGAGUGGAACUGUGAGAGGAGGAGAAGAGAAGAAAGGAGCAGAUUUGACUCAUCAAAGAGAAAAACCAAAGUCGGAGGAAUCAGAGACGUCCAAACCAGCAAGACGACACCUCUGCUCCCAGUGUGGAACUAGGUUUGUCAAGUUAGGAAGCCUGAAAAGACAUGAGAAGGCACACACAGGAGUGAAGCCACACCAUUGCGCCCAGUGUGGAAAGAGUUUUAACAACUUAGGAAACAUGAAAGCUCAUGAGAAAAUACACAAAGGAGAGAAGCCAUACCAUUGCGCCCAGUGUGGAAAGAGUUUUAAACGGUUAGACUACCUGAAAUCUCAUGAGCAAAUACACACAGGGGAGAACCCUUACCACUGCUCCCAUUGUGGAAAGGGUUUUGUCCGUUUACAGACCCUGAAAGUACAUGAGAAGGCACACACAGGAGCGAAGCCACACCAUUGCGCCCAGUGUGGAAAGCGUUUUAACCACUUAGGAAACAUGAAAGCUCAUGAGCAAAUACACAAAGAGGAGAAGCCAUACCAUUGCUCCCAGUGUGGAAAGAGUUUUAAACGGUUAGACUACCUGAAAUCUCAUCAGAAAGGACACACAGUGGAGAAGCCUUACCACUGCUCCCAGUGUGGAAAGAGUUUUAGCUGGUUGGACACCCUGAAAAGACAUGAGAGGAUACACACAAUGGAGAAGCCUUACCACUGCUCCCAUUGUGGAAAGAGUUUUAACCAGUUAGGAAACAUGAAAGCUCAUGAGCGGACACACACAGGAGAGAAUAAUUACUUAUCCUAGUGUGUAAGUUGAUAUUUCACAUCACAUUGACUUAAAGUUCAUCAGAGGACAUACACAUUGCUCCCAUUGUCUUUAUAUUGUUGACUGAGAUUGUGUUUACUUGGUUGUGUAUACAAAGUAUACUUAAACAUUUAUUUGUAAGUUUUUAUUAGAAAACAUGAAUUGAACAUAGAGCUUGUCAGUUUGAAUAUAGAGUAGAUCAGAUUCCAUGUGUUUAAAUGGUCCUUUUUUAAACUCUGUGUGUGUUUAUCUGGGUGUGUCAUUCCUCCAGCUCUACAGAUAAUCAAAUUAUAUUUGGAUGUGAUGCAUUUGCUUCAUUGUUUACAUUGUUGGCCCACUGAUGAUUUAAUGAAAUAGAGUGGGGGGAAAAAAGUAUUUAGUCAGCCACCAAUUGUGCAACUUCUCCCACUUAAAA